UCCGCGCUCGUGGAGGGCUGCGCCGCAGUGCCGGCGUUUCCCUGGCAAAGGACGCCGCGGACCCUCGUGCCCGGAGCUGGCCGGGCUGCGAGGCGGCUGCGCUCCGCCACUGAGUGUCAGUGCCUACGCUGGAGAUUUAAAUAAUCCUUUGGAGCACUGCUGAGAGCUUCGGCAAGACAGGAAAGACCACCAAAGAGGAUGAACAAGCUGCAGAGAUUGCUUCAGAACAAGAACCUGAUCCUGACAGUGUGUGCUGCUGGGAUUGGAGGCACUUUCCAGUAUGGUUACAACAUCUCCAUCAUCAAUGCUCCAACUUUAUACAUCCAGACAUUCAUGAACAAAACAUGGUUGGAACGCACAGGUGCUCCCCUGGGGAGUGGCAUGGUCCUGCUGCUGUGGUCCUUCACCGUGUCCGUGUUCCCCCUGGGAGGCCUUGCAGGGGCUGUUGCUGCUGGCCCCAUGGCCAUUGUGUUGGGAAGGAAGAUGUCCCUGCUGGUUAACAACGUCUUUGUGAUCGUAGCCGCCGUCUUGUCAGGAUUCAGCCAGAUGGCGAGAUCCUUCGAAAUGAUUAUGCUCAGCAGGUUCCUUACUGGUGUGAACGCAGGUGUAAGCAUGAACAUUCAGCCCAUGUAUCUGGCAGAGAGUGCCCCAAGGAAGCUCCGAGGGGCUGUGGCCUUGACCUCUGCAUCCUUUACAGCCCUGGGACUGGUGCUGGGCCAGGUUGUUGGACUCAGGGAGCUUCUAGGAGGGGAGGAAAGCUGGCCACUCCUUUUAGCCAGCAAUGCUGUGCCUGCCCUAAUCCAGCUCAUGGUUCUGCCGUGGUUUCCUGAAAGUCCCAGAUACCUCUUGAUUGACCGUGGAGACAGAGAGUCCUGCAUCUCUGCACUGAAGAAGCUCAGAGGCAGCAGUGAGCUGGGAGAGGAGCUGGAGGAGAUGCUAGCUGAACAGGCUGCUGCCAAAGGUCAGAGAGCGAAGAAGCCGUGGGAGCUGUUCCAAAACCCAGCAGUGAGGUGGCAGCUGAUAAGCAUCAUCGUGCUGAGCAGUGCCAUGCAGCUCUGCGGGAACGAUUCGAUGUACUUUUAUGCAGCUUACGUGUUCCAGGAGGCUGGAAUUCCUCAGGACACAAUCCCGUAUGUUGUCAUCGGCACAGGGAGCUGUGAACUGAUCACGUCUGUAACUUGUAACAUGAUUAUAGACUACGCUGGCCGGAGGCCACUGCUGCUGGGAGGAUACAUCCUCAUGGCAGGAUGGGCCACUGUCUUCAUGGUUGCUCUGAGCCAGCAGACUCAGAUUAGCUGGAUGCCUUAUCUCAGCAUGGCCUGCAUUUUCGCCUAUAUCCUGAGCUUUGGACUUGGACCAGCUGGUGUAACAGGAAUUCUGCCCACAGAGAUAUUUGAUCAGAUGUCCCGACCAGCUGCAUACAUGAUCUGCGGGUCUCUGCUCUGGUUCAAUCUCUUUCUGGUUGGAACAGCGUUUCCAUUCAUUGUGAAAAAUCUAGCACAUUUCUGCUACGUCCCAUUCCUUGUGGUUUGCAUCUGCACUGCUGUCUACAUUUGGUUCUUCCUUCCUGAGACCAAAGGAAAGUCCUUCCUGGAAAUCUCAGAGGAAUUCAGGAAACGGAACUUCAGAGCUCAGAGCCUUGAAGCUUUCUACAAAGGCCCUGAGGAGAUCAGGUCCACCACGUUGUAGCAGAAGGAAGGAGAAUGGCAGCUGGGGGAAAUUCAGCAGUGGUUAUGUUCUCUUUGCAGGGAGACAGAGAGAGGAGCAGGGCUGGGGAGAAUAUAGUGCUCUUAAUUCAGCCGUUAGGAUCACAUUACUUAUUUACUUCAUUUGUUAUACUCCUCCUAAGCCACCAUUUGGCUGAAACCGUAACAUAGAAUCAUAGAAUCAUAGAAUGGCCUGGGUUGAAAAGGACCACAAUGAUCAUCUAGU